AUGGCCACAAACCGACCGACGACGCGACGAAGGAGCGCAAAGCAAGCUUUCGACGACGAUGAUGCGCCGCCUGUGCAAAAGCGACCAAGGACGGAAGUGAAUGGGACGACCAAGAAGGCGGCUUCUGCACCCAAGAGGACAGCCAAGGCUGCUGCCUACGACGAGGACGACGACGGCUUCCAGUUCUCGCGCCGCACCUCGCGGAGGACCACCAAAGCACCUCCGGCCCCGGAGCCAGCGCCCGUACCCGUGGAGAAGCCCGCGAAGCUUGCGCGAAUCGCUGACGCGCAACCUACCGCAUCCACCUCGCGACGGAAGAAGCAGUCGAUUGCAGCACUCGACCCGGAAUCAUCAGACUCGGGGAAGCGGCGGAGAUCGGCACGCAUAUCUGGCGACAGGGAGCAGCUAGAAGUGCGCCCAAAAAUCAAGGAGCCUCCUCUUCCGGCGACCAAGUCGCGCACAAAAAAGACAGCACCACCAGAAAAGGAAAAAAAGAAGCAGACGACACCAGCUCCCGAAGCCCAGCCCAAAGAGGACGCGUACACAGGCGUGCGAACGCCAACACACAAUAAGCUGCAUGCUGAGAAGAAGAGUGACCCAAAUGCGCAAAGAAUCACACUCCCUUUUGCGGAUACACCCGUCAUUGCACGAAACAAGGAAAUGCGCAAAGGCAACAAAGAUGGACACAGGCGGAGCAGCACAGGUUUGCGGGGGAGAAGAGCAAGCUUUCUGAUUGAUAGCGGUCAGUCGAAUGCGCUACCCCAUUCCGAAGUCGAAGUUCGAGAGUUUUACAAGUACAUUGAGCAAAGCCUACCGGAGCCGCGGCGAAUGAGGCAGCUUCUGACAUGGUGUGGGUCGCGGGCACUACCACCGAAACCGUCAGGCGACGUUAAGAAUGCGAAUGCGAUCAUGGCUGCACGGGCGAUACAACAAGAGCUCCUGGACGAUUUCGCUGGCAAAUCCGAUUUGUCCGACUGGUACAGCAGAACAGAGACUGCGCUGCCACCUGUGGUGAAAAAACCGAAUCCACAAAACGAGAAAAACAAAGCAACACUGCAGGAGCUGGAAGCAGAGAUUAAGCUCCUCGAAGAGGAAAAAGACGCCUGGGCAGCGAUAGCGUCAACAUCCAAAGCCAUGCCGCCGCCCACAGCCCCCUCAAUACCCACAUCACCACCCUCGCUAUCCGACAUUGACAUUUCACUGCUCGACCCGGAUCAAGCCGCCAUAGUUUCAACUCUACAAUCAUCACAGCCACAGACAGAUACAGUACCGCCGUCUUCAGCAUUCACCUUUAGAUCGCCGGCAACAUUACAAACACAUCUCGAGAUGCUUGCCAGCUCGCUAGAACCCCACAUUGAUGUCUUUGCCGACGGCGUCCACAAGAUUGAGCAGUAUCGGCAGACGGCGGAGCGAGUGGCAGACCGAGUGCUAGGCACUGCGGCCAAGCGGUUAGAAGAAAGAGAUCGAGAGGCAAAGGAGCGGGUAGGAACCCAGGGAAUUGGUGUGGGAGAUAUAUUGAGAGGAUUAGCGGGUGUGCUGGGAGAUGAAUAA